AUGGCAUGGCAGCCGCAGGACGAGCCAUUGAGGCAACUGGCUGGGUUCCUAAACGAUUCACUGAACGGAUCUGAUAGCUCUGUCCGAAAACAUGCUGAGCAGAUGCUGGUGCAAGCCACAACGUCCCCGGACUUUGCAAAUUAUCUCACAUACCUUUUCAGCACCCCCCAACCCCCUCCUCAGAUCGGGUUUAGUCCCGAAACAUAUAAUGUCAUUAGAGUUGCAGCGUCGUUGAAUCUGAAAACGAAACUUAAGAUUGCAUAUGGAACAGUUGCGCCAGAGAGUCUGGCGUAUAUUCGAUCCUCAGCACUUGCAGUACUUCAGGAUCCAUCCCCCCAGAUUCGAAAUUCAGCCGGGUCCAUAAUUGCGGAGAUUGUUGCCCGAGGCGGUCUGCUAGCAUGGCCAAAUCUGCUGGACGAACUCCUAUCUUUGGUCUGCAAUUCCUCGGGAUCAGUGCCAAUUUUAACCCAAGAGGCAGCCAUGUCAGCUCUUGCGAAGGUCUGCGAGGAUAAUAAAAAGCUUCUGGACAAAGAUUUCCAGGGCCAGCGCCCAUUAAAUGUUAUUAUCCCUAGGUUAUUGCAAUGCACAUCCAAUCCUAGCCCGAAAAUCCGCGCUACAGCUCUCUCAACCAUUCACAUGUUCCUCUCUCAGAGGUCCGAUGUUUUAAUCGGCUCUCUAGAUACAUUUCUCAAUCACGUCUUCCAGCUUGCCAGCGAUCCGAAUACAGAUGUUCGGCGGACAGUAUGCCAGUCAUUUGUUCAACUUGUCGAUAUUGCCCCUGAUAAACUUGUUCCUCAUAUGGCAGGGCUGGUCGAGUAUGUUCUCUUGCAACAGCAUGACCCUGAAGAUCCGGAAUUGGCUUUGGAUGCAGCGGAAUUCUGGCUCGCUGUUGGGGAACAGAAAAAAUUACAAGAACCCAUGGUCCCAUACCUAGGUAAAAUUAUACCGGUUUUACUUCGCAGUAUGAUAUAUGAUGAAGACGACGCGAUACUUUUAGCUGGAGAAGAGGACGACGCCGAUACUGAAGACAAGAUAGAAGAUCUGAAGCCUCAGUUUGCCAAAUCUAAAGGUUCUCGGUUACAGUCCGCCGGCGGUGACGGCAAAGCUAACGGUGAUGCUCCUGCCAAUGAAGGAGUCGGUGGCGAUGGUGAUUUAAGCGAGGGAGAGAUAGCAGAUGAUUACGACGAGUUGGGAGAUGACGACCCCGAAGCAGAGUGGACAUUACGAAAAUGCUCAGCCGCUGCACUAGAUGUCUUUGCCAACGUUUAUCACCAGCCUGUUUUCGAAAUAAUACUGCCAUAUCUAAAGGAUAACCUACGGCAUACCCAGUGGACAAAUCGAGAAGCAGCUGUUCUAGCGUUAGGUGCUAUAGCGGAUGGCUGCAUGGAUACCGUUACGCCUCAUUUACCAGAACUCAUCCCUUACCUUAUAUCACUCCUCUCUGACCCCGAACCAAUCGUCAGGAAAAUUACUUGCUGGUGCCUGGGGAGAUAUUCAGAGUGGGCUGCUCACCUCCCCGAGGCUGAGAAGGCAGUCUAUUUCGAACCGAUGAUGGAGGGAAUUUUGCACAGGAUGUUGGACAACAAUAAGAAGGUCCAGGAGGCAGCUGCAUCGGCAUUCACCAGCCUAGAAAUGAAAUCGGACAUGAACCUUCUGCCCUAUUGCCAGCCGAUAUUACGACAAUUCGUUCUGUGUUUUGAGAAAUACAAAGAUCGAAACAUGUACGUGCUCUACGACUGUGUCCAAACCUUAGCUGAAAAUGUAAUGUCUGAACUGGCAAAACCUGAGUUGGUGGAAAUUCUCAUGCCUGCACUUAUCAAACGAUGGAACAAAUUAUCCGACCAGUCGAGAGAGCUUUUUCCUCUUUUGGAAUGCCUGGGCUACGUUGCCGCCGCAUACGGAGAUGCUUUCUCGCCGUUUGCACCUCCAAUAUUCACCAGGUGUAUCAAAAUCUUAUACACCAAUAUCCAGGAUUAUCUCACUGCCAUUAACAACAACACUGGCGAUGAGCCAGAUAAGGAUUUUCUAGUAACGAGCCUAGACAUGCUUGGUGCUAUCAUCCAGGCCAUCGAACCCCAGAAAAGUUCAGAACUUGUGAGAACAUCGCAACCACCGCUCUUCGAGCUCCUUUGCUUCUGCCUAGAAGAUUCCAAUUGGGAAGUGCGGAUAUCAUCUUAUGCCCUCCUUGGAGAUUGUGCUAUCAAUAUUUUCCCUACUGUCGAACCCGUCCUCCAUACCAUAGUUCCCAUUUUAAUCAAACAGCUUGAUCUUAACUCAAUAAGAGACGAUGAGUCAGAGAAUGCUCUCCGUGUGAUCAACAAUGCUUGCUGGGCUAGUGGAGAAAUUGCCGCUGCCAGCAAAGCCGGCAUGGCUCCAUUCCUAGAAAAUCUCUACCAGGCGCUCGCUACAAUCGUGAGCAACGAAGAAGUCCCCGAUUCUGUCAAUGAGAACGCCGCAAUGGCACUGGGCCGGUUGGGUAUCGGAUGCCCCGAGCAGCUUGCUCCCCAUUUAGGAGAAUUCGCGGAUAUGUUCCUCCGGUCAAUGGCGAAGAUAGACUUUACGCGUGAGAAGGCAAGCUCAUUUUUUGGGUUCAAUCAAAUCGUCCGGCAAAAUCCAAAAGCUAUGGAAAGUUGUCUUUCGGAUUAUUUCCAUGCUAUCGCGAUAUUCCCGCAUAAAUCGUUGAAUCAGCCGCACUUCCAUGAUUUGCAGCAAUCUUUCCAACAGGUCCUCCAAGGAUAUAAAGAUUUGAUUCCGGACUUCAACGCCUUUAUGGCAUCACUUCCCCCGGCCGUUUCUAGAAAACUCCAAACAGCAUACCAAGUCUGA